AUGGCUGGGAAAGUCGGUGGGUGAAAUCCGAAUGGAAGAAGGAUGAGAACAUGGCUGGUGAAUGGAACCACACAUCUGGGAAAUGGAAUGGAGAUGCUGAGGAUAAAGGUAUCCAGACCUCUGAGGACUACAGGUUCUAUGCCAUUUCGGCGGAGUACCCUGAGUUCAGCAACAAGGAUAAGACCCUGGUACUGCAGUUCUCAGUGAAGCACGAGCAGAAGCUGGACUGCGGUGGUGGUUACGUCAAGUUGCUUAGCGGUGAUGUCGACCAGAAGAAAUUUGGUGGGGACACACCUUACAGCAUUAUGUUUGGACCAGAUAUCUGUGGGUACAGCACGAAGAAGGUUCACACUAUCCUGACAAAGGAUGGCAAGAACCACCUGAUCAAGAAGGAUGUGCCUUGUGAGACUGAUCAGUUGACUCAUGUGUACACUUUGAUCAUCCGUCCUGAUGCGACAUACAGCAUUCUCAUUGACAACGAAGAGAAGCAAACUGGCAGCGUCUACGAGCACUGGGAUAUUCUUCCUCCAAAGCAAAUCAAGGACCCAGAGGCUAAGAAGCCCGAAGACUGGGAUGACAAGGAGUACAUUCCUGACCCUGAGGACAAGAAGCCAGAGGGCUAUGAUGACAUUCCCAAGGAAAUUCCUGACCCUGAUGCUAAGAAGCCUGAGGACUGGGAUGAUGAGGAAGAUGGUGAAUGGACCGCCCCUACCAUUCCCAACCCAGAAUACAAGGGACCAUGGAAGCAAAAGAAAAUCAAGAACCCCAACUACCAGGGCAAAUGGAAGGCACCUAUGAUUGACAACCCAGAUUUCAAGGAUGAUCCCUACAUUUAUGCUUUUGACAGCCUCAAGUACAUUGGCAUUGAGCUGUGGCAGGUUAAAUCAGGUACUUUGUUUGACAACAUCAUCAUCACCGAUGACCCUGCAUUGGCCAAGACAUUUGCGGAGGAGACCUGGGGCAAGCAUAAGGAGGCUGAGAAGGCUGCUUUUGAUGAGGCUGAGAAAAAGAAGGAAGAGGAGGAAGCUGCCAAGGGUGGUGAUGAUGAGGACGAUGACCUAGAGGAUGAGGAAGAUGAUGAGAAGGCAGACGAGGACAAGGCUGACUCCGAUGCUGAGGACGGCAAGGAUUCUGAUGAUGAGAAGCACGACGAGCUCUAGAUGGAGAGGAUGAAGAGGUGGCCGCCGACCUUGGAGCCGUAGGCCAAGAUUUAUCAGUUCUCCCAUUAUGAAGUUCCCAUUUUUCGUGAUCAGAAACUUUGACGCGUGUGUAGAAACAUUCGCUAAGAAGCUGAGGGACAAUUUGGGCCGUUGUUAGUGCUUUGUAGUUUUCAUUUUUCCUCAGGAAAAAAACUGAUAGUAUUGAACAAGGAAGAUCUUUGCUCGCAACUGUUAUCUUCCGUUCUUACAA